UAACUUAUGAAUAUCCUUAAAGGACAUCAGUAAGGUCAUCAGGGCUGUCUUUGUUUGCUUGCUCUGCUGCUGCUGCUGUACUUUGUUUUGUUGUCUUGUUCAUUCAGAUUUCGUAUUGUUUGAUCUUGUUCUAUCUUCAUCACUGUAUUUCUCUCUUUUUUGCUCUGUGUGACUCUUAAUUUUCUUGAAAUGGCUACCACUAAACCACCUUCAUCUUCUUCUCCUGAGCUUAGGCACAAAAUGGAGGAGCAGCUCACCUGUCCUGUGUGUCUUGACAACUAUACCAACCCUAAGACUUUACCUUGUCUACAUUCAUUCUGUCAGGAAUGUCUGGAGAGAUUACCACUGGAUAAGAAGAAUAAGACCUAUUACCUCUCUUGUCCUACUUGUCGUCAACGUGCAGAGCUACCAGAUAAAGGAGUUGGAGCCUUUCCUGUAGCAUUCCACCUCAACAACCUCAAGGAGAUGCAAGGUUUACUGAACAACAGGUCGUCAAAAGUACAUAUACCUGCAUUUAAUCCUCCAGAGGUCACAUGUGAUGAUCACGGAAAGCCUUUGGAGCUAUUCUGUGAAACAUGUGAUACAGGAAUUUGUGUUACCUGUCAAUUCGGUGAUCACAAACAUCAUAAAUAUGAAUUGAUCACUGAAAAGUAUGAUCAACACUGUGAAAAGUUAAGAGAAUGUCUAUUACCAGUUGAGAGAAGGAAGGCAGCACUUAAAAAGAUCUUGUCUGCUAUAACAGAGAGAGAGGGCGAGAUCAGAGAGAGAGGAGAAGGAGUUUUGGCAGAAAUACACGGAAUGGUAGAGGAAAUGAUAAAUGUUCUUCGUCGGUCAGAGAGGAAACUGACUGAGCAAGCAAAGAGGGUCAUUGAUUCUAGGCUAAAGGUGCUUUCAGAGCAAAAGGAAUCAACAAAAAAGAGUUUGAAAUUAGUGGAGGAUGUUACAACUUAUGUGGAACAGAAUCUGAAAACAGGCAGUCCUCAACAAGUCCUGGGAUCUAAGAAGCAGAUGAUGGAGCGCAUGAGCAAUGUCACUUUACCAAUCAAUUGGGAAGAGUUAUAUCCAGUAGAAAAAGCUGACUUUGAAUUGAGCAAAGAUAUCAAAUCGCUGCAUCACAUUGGAGAUAUUUUGACCCACUCUUCCACUGCACUACAGCAGUGUAGAGUGAAGAAGGUGGAUCGUAUUACUCCCUCCGACAAAACACUUUCGUUUUUACUAUCAAUGGAGGCACCGGAUUCAUCUCUUUUGUCUGUUCCCCUUUCUUCUCUGAAGUGUAGUCUAGUACCAGUUGGUAAAGGUGAUCAACCCAUUCCAACUACAGUCACUACCACCAGCACUGAUCCUGGAGUGUAUAAGAUACAGUGCAACCCUUCAACCAGUGGCACUCACACAGUAAAAGUACAAGUAUAUGAUGUACACCUUAAGGAUACCUCACUAGUCAUCUCAAUCAGUCCUCACAUUGAUAACAUCUCUUCAGUACAUGUCAUAGAUGAUGUGAAGGGUCCCUUGGGAGUUGCUAUAACUGAGGAUAAUCGUGUUAUAGUAGCUGAGCGUGAUGGUCACUGUGUAACAAUACUCGAUAAAAGGGGAAAGAAAGUGAAAUCAUUAGGUGGGGAAGGAGGAAGAGGUAAUGUCAAGUUUUCUUAUCUUCAUUGUUUGGCGAUUACUCUAGACAAAUUCAUUCUUGUAUCUGAUAGUAAUAGUAUCCAGAAGAUAAGCAUGGAUGGACAGCUUAUAAAAUCAGUUGGUGAGUGGGGCAGUGGACCACUACAAUUCAAUGAUCCUUAUGGUAUAGCCAUUUCACCUAUAACAGGACAGGUUUAUAUUGCUGAUGUAAGUAAUCACCGUAUUCAAGUCUUGAAUCCUGAUCUAACCUUCUCUCAUUCGUUUGGCAGUAAAGGAUCAGGUAAUGGACAGUUUCGAUCUCCAUACGACAUUGCCAUUGACAAUGAAGGAACAGUAUAUGUGACUGACUAUUAUAGUCAUCGCGUUCAGAAGUUCUCUCCAGAUGGGAAGUUUGUGGGUCAGUUUGGUAAUAAAAGAUUCGGCCCUGGACAGCUUAAUUUCCCGUAUGGUAUAACAAUAGAUACUGCAGCUUCUGGUCUAGUGUUUGUUAGUGAAUGGGGCAAUCAUCGUAUCUCAGUCUUCACUAGUGAUGGCGUGUUUGUGAAUAAGUUUGGAAGCAUGGGCCGUAAUGUUAAUCAGUUUGAUACUCCUUAUGGAUUGGCAUUCAAUGAAGAUGGGGCCUUGUACGUUUGUGAUUUUAAUAACAAGCGACUUGUUGUUUACUAG